CGGAUAGACAACCAGAUGGUGAAAUUUACGGGUCGGAAACUUACCAGUUAUUUUUUUUUCAACAAUAAAUUAAAUGUCAGGCUGAAAAGCAUCUUCUUUACUUGAACAUCCAAACAUUUCGUUAAUGCUAUUUUAAAAUCAUUAAUGAUUUUUAUUUUAUGCUGAUGAUUUCAUUGGGUCAACAAAAUUUGGUGUUUACGGAAUAUAUGACGUGUAAAUUUUAUAUUAUGGUUUAUACAACUUUACUUAAAUUAGUAAUGUAUUAAUAAUUCUAGAAUUAUUUUUGAAGAUACAUAAGAUAAUAAAUUAGACGAGAUUUUUCAGUCUGAACCAUCUAAAUAUUCUCUCAACCAACUCAAUUUUGUUAUUAAAACUAUUCCUUUUACAAUGUCAAAUGCAGAAUAAAUUUUUAAUAUUGAUAGAGAUAAAAAUAUUUAAAAAAUGACAAAUUGUACUAAUUUAGAAUCACAAAAAAUAAUAAAAUAUAGUGAUGAAGAAGAUAAUUUGUUACCUUCAAAAAAACAAGGUAAAUCUGAAAUUAUUUUAUCACCAAUAAAAAGAGAACGGAAAUCAUGUGGUCAUUGUGAACCUUGUGAAAAUAUUGUUUGUGACAUAAAUAUUCAUCAAUAUAUUGAUCACGAGGGAUUAUCUAUGUUAGCAGUCAACAUUGAUGAAUCAGAAAUAACUGCAGCUGUUUCUAAACAUUGUGAAAAUCCUUUAUGUGAUUCUUUGAGUAUUGAACAUGAUCGUUGUCGAAGAGCUGUAAUAUAUCUUUAUCGGUGUGACAAAUCAAAUAUUUGUGAUAUUUGUAAAACAUCUUUAAAAACACGUAAAGCUCGAGUAUAUCACAGAAAUUGUAAACGAAAAGAUAAAUAUCAACAUAAUCGGGUAAAUGGUGCACAAAUAUUGAGAGAGAAAAUGAAAGAAAGAGAAUUACAAUUAAUGGAAAUUAUAAGAACUAAACGAAACGAUUAUAGUGAUCCGUUAACAGGUCAUGCUAAAGCUAUAGAAGUGCUUAAGAAGAAUUCUGAACUUAUUGUCAUACCUAAAAUUAUACUAUCUAUGCCACCAUGCAGAAAACUUGAUGAUACAGUCACAAAUACUUUAUUGAAUUCAGCAGUACAGAAUGUAGAUAAUUCUUCGAAAGUUUCUAAUGGUUUAACUACCAAAUUAAAUUCUCAUUUACAAAAAAUUAGUCUUGAUAUUGAAUCUCAUACAAGUAACUUUAAUCCAUCAAAAACAACGAAGGAGAAUCAUGACAAUAAUUACUCAAUUGUUACUGCAAUGCCUCAAACUAGUGUAGUAUAUCCUCUUGUACUGAAGGAUUUAGUAAUAACCCCAACUCUAAAAAGUUCUAUAUUACAACCUCAAAAUCCUUACUUAAUGCCAGUAAAAGUUAUUCCUAUUAAAAAUCUCAAGUCACAACCUUCAUUGAGACAUCAUACUCAAGGAAUUCCCAAAUUUUGUAUUGUACCAGAUAAUUCUGUAUCUGCAUCAUCAUUUGUUAAAAUACAUAAUAUAACUUCUACUCAAAAUGAAAAAAGAUUAGCUGUUAAACAUCCUGCUGGAGAAUCCGAAAUACCUCAAAAAAAUUCGAUAAAUAUCUUAACGUCUACCAACAUUCAUAAAACUCAGCGUGAGUCUUUUGAUAAUGGAGAAAAAUUGAAACCACCAGCCGAAGAAAUUAGUUCACAAAAAUAUUUUGAUAAUCAUAAAAAACAAAUUGAAAAUAAAAUUUUUGAAUGUUCUUAUUGUUCAAAAAGAUUCCUUACUGAUUGGUAUUUCAAAUUACAUGUUACCAAGCACAGAAAUGAAAUAAUAGUUAGAUGUCAAAACUGUGAUAUGACUUUUUCUAAUAAUUGUGAUCUCAAACGACAUGUUAAUAUUGAACAUAACGAUAUUAAAUUUCAUAUUAAAAAAAAUAAUGAAACAAGUGAUAAAGUAGAUGAUUCAAAAUGUAAUGGUAUAUCAUGUAACAUAGAUGGACAAUUGGUUGAAUCAAAUAAUGAAAAAAAGGCUCAAAAUUGUUUAAGUUUUAAAAAAAGUACUCGCCUGAGAAAGUUUAAAGACAAGAAUGUUUUUAGUAGCAAAAUUAAUAAAAUUCAAAAAAAAAAAAAAAUUUCAAUGCAGUAAAGUGAAAUUUUUAAAAAUUAUAUAUACUUAACUAAUAAAGAUAAUUUUAAUACAGAAUAAGUGAUUUUUCAUUAGUUUUUUUAUCCAAAUAGGUAAAUGUAAGUCAAUUACAAUCAUU